UCUCAUGACUAGACAACUCAUGAUAUACCACCACGCACGAUAACGAGCAGCUAGGUAAUCUCCACUCGCGCGCCGUCUCGUACGGCAGAUGAAAUACCUCCCAGACACAUCCAACCACGAAAAACCUGUGUUUAUCUUCGUAGGGGGUCCACUUCAGCCACUAUGAUCGCUAUCAGCUCCGAGGAUACAACCACAAAUUUUGACCCGCGAUUGGUGAUUGGGCCAAUGCAAGUUGGUGCACUUGUAACCGCAGCACUCUUUGGCUGCCUUGUUAUCCAAACCUAUGUAUACUUCACAAGGUUCAUCGACAGCUCGAGCUUCAAAGCAACAGUGGCAGCGGUCGUCUUAUUUCAACUUGGCCACUUCUUCACUGUAAUAUUCACAAUGUGGACCAUGACGGUGACUGCAUAUGGUGACCCAUCAAAGCUGGAUGUCCUUCCGGUCAGCGCGAUUAUCACUGUUUUACUCAGCAACGUGACGGCAUUUAUAGCCCAGUCAUUCUACACAUAUCGGCUUUGGAAGCUUUCUGGAAAGGUUUUCUUCCCAAUCCUCUCAGAAAUCUUCUGUGUAGUCGCUGAGCUGGCAACACUCUUUGUCGUCAUAAAGGCAUUCUCUAUGACAAGUAUCGCACACUUUUUGGUUGAACAGAAUGUCUGGAUUAUGAUCGGGUUCACCAGUCGUGCAAUCUGCGAUAUAACAAUUACUGUGGGUGUUACCUGGAGUCUGAAAAAACAGAAGCAGGCCCAGGGACGCCAUAUUGUGGAGACCACAACAAUAAUUGACUGCCUGAUUUUGUGGACGAUUGAAAAUGGUUUGGCAACUAGCUUAAUGUCACUGUCGGUUAUGGCGGCAUGUUUGUACCUUCAAGGAACUUAUGUGUGGUUUGGUUUGUAUAUUAUACAAGCCAAUGUUUUUGCGAAUGCACUAUUAGUCUCAUUGAAUCGCCGGCUCGUUUUCAGGAAAUGUGACGACGGCAUUCCUAUGAAUCCUGUUAUGAUCAGAGUAGAUGUUCCGCGAACGCAGGCCGAACCGGAAGUCAAGACACAGGGUCCGUCCUAGGGGCACUGGGCUGCGUAUGCGACAGCAAAAAGAAAGAAAAGUUGUUCCUUACUUAUGGACGGAUCGAUGUUGUGAAUGUGACGAUAGAGACACAGGACCAACACAGGACUGAAGUAAUAUUUUAUGUUCGUUAUAAUGACAGAUAGUGCGAA